AACCGAGAGGAAGAAGAAGAUGUAAAGGACGGCGUAGCUUCUCCGCUUGUUCAAAGUGGUUAAAUUUGUGGUUAUUAUUUUAAUAUUAGCACUACAUCUAUACAAUUUAGACAUUAAACCGGUUUCAGUAUACAGCUAUUUUAUAUAUUUUUAAAGUUGGUCUGAAAUCGUUAGAUAGAAGCUAAGAUGAGCUACAUCCGGGGCUAGCAAGCGUCGUUUAGCUCCCUGUUCCCCUGGCAACGUGUAGGGCGAGCAUCUGUGAGGCCGCGGACGGAUACCUCUGCCUCCAUUUAGCAGUUUCUGUUCCUAGAAUCGCAAUUAUUUUUAUUAAUCGUCAGUGUGCCGGAUGGCGGAGGGUGGAAGACGUGGAGAGGAGGAGGACCGUGGGCCCGGAGCGGCUUACCAGGAGUUUGUGUUGAUGGAGAACCUUCUGGAUAAACUGAAGCUGCUGAACUAUGAGGAGGAAGUUCUAGUGAAACACAACAUGAAGAACCUGACCAGACAUUACUUUGUCUCCAGUCCCUACCUGCCAUCCAACCCUGGCGAGCAGUUCUACAUGUUCACCAUCAUCGCUGCCUGGCUCAUCAACGUUGCGGGAAGGCCUUUCCCAGAACCUCAGGAGUACGAUGAGCCCUACGCCAACGUGUCUAACAUCCUGGCAGAACUCCGGGCUUUUGGUGUUAAGGUGGACUUCCCACCCUCCAAACUGGUGUCUGGUUCCGGCGAGUACGUCUGUUUAGUUUUGGACCAUCUGGCCAAUCAGGCGCUGAAGAAGACAGGCUUCACCUUUAGAAGACCAAACUAUCCUGAAGAAAACCAAGAGGAAGAGUCUGUGAUCAACGAUGAUGCGGAGCUCACGCUUAGCAAAGUGGAGGAGGAGAUGAUUGAUGAAGCUGACGAUGACGAGGAGAACCUGAUGGACCUGGAGGCCCUGAAGUUAUGGAGAGCUCCCACUCAGGAAGCAGAAAGGAGCUCCAAACCGGACGAGAUCCUGGAGUCCACUGUGGACGCUGCAGAGUGGCGGCUGGAGGUGGAGAGAGUUCUGCCGCAGCUCAAAGUCACCAUCAGGGCAGACAACAAGGACUGGAGGAACCAUCUGGACCAGAUGCAUCAACACAGAGACGGGAUCAAGUCAUCGCUCAAAGAGACCGAGAGCUAUCUGGACAAUCUUCAGGUAGACAUCGGGAAGACUCUGGAGAAGGUGAGCAGCAGAGAGAAAUACAUCAACCGCCAGCUGGAGAACCUGAUCCAGGAGUACCGCAACGCUCAGGCCAAACUCAGCGAGGAAAAGGAGCUCUACAAGCAGGCAUGCGGAGGAGUGACAGAGAAAACCAGAGUCCUGGCAGAGAUCAGUGAGGAGCUGGAGAAGGUAAAGCAAGAGAUAGAAGACAAGGGCCGCAGCAUGUCUGAUGGAGGCCCCGUGGUGAAGAUCAAGCAGAGCUUCACUAAGCUGAAGCAGGAGAUCACCCAGAUGGACGUGAGGACAGGCGUGGUUCAGCACCAACUGCUGCAGGCCGAACUCAUGGUGAAAUCCAAUAUGACACGUGACAUGCACGCCACCGAACACACCGCUGGGCCUUUGGGCUAGUCCCUCUGGUAGGACGGGCCCUCCCAGACCUCAGUGAGGUUCUGCUCCUCCUGAUGGACCUGGAACAGUUUUUACUGCUUAAAUCUGAACUGAUAAUCCAUCA